AUGGCGUCUGUCUCCUCCAAUGAUACGGAAAUUACUUCCAUGUUCAGUUCAAGCUUGGGCGAGCACCGAUGGGUCCAUCAAAUGGAGAAGAAGUUCGAAAAAGAGCUCAAGAUUGACAUCAAAUGUGAUUUACCUUGCAUCUCUCGAGUGCCCCAAACCUUACGAGCCGAGAAGCCGGAAGCUUAUGCCCCGAAGCGAAUAGGCCUCGGACCAUAUCACCAUUUUCGGCCCGAGCUCUAUGAUCAUAUGGAGAUGGAGAAGCUAAGUGCCGUGAAAAAAGUUGUAACAGCGGACCGGAUCGCUCAAUUUCGGCAACUCAUUGUGGGUAAACUGGUGGAGCUUGAGCCCAGCGCCCGGGCGUGCUACGGCGACUACUUGGAUCUUGAAGGCCAUACAUUAGCAUGGAUAUGGGCAAUUGAUGGUUUGUUCUUGCAUCAUCAUCUAGGUGUUCAAGUUCCAGUAGAUUGUGCAUUUAAGAGUGUUUUGGCACAGGACAUAUUUAUGCUGGAGAACCAAAUUCCUAUUCUUCUGUUUGAGGAAAUCGAUGGAGUAAUCGACCAAUUCCAAUUGUCAGACAAAGUAGUACGUGAUUUCUGUGUGGCACACUCACCCUUAAAAUGGACAAACAAGCCUGGGCCAGAUUGUGUUGAACGCACACCUGCGCAUCUUCUGGAUUGUUUGUACCAUUUAGUUGUAAACGACGGGAACAUCCGUCUGAAGGUGGGAAAAAAAAAGAAGGAGAAACGAAACCAGCUCGAGGACGCUCGAAUGGAAGCAGCAGAAUGUUAUCCAAGGGAAGCAGCAGAAUUUUAUUCAACGGAAGCAGAAGAAGUUCAAAUGGCAGCAGCAGAAGUUGCAGGCACUACGAUUUCUGAUUUACAAAACAUGAGUAAGCCUAUUAUCGAUUUCUUAAAACAACAGCGUACAACUUCUGUUGCACAAAACACUAAGGCUAUUAUCGAUCUCAUAAAACAACUGCAAUUGGAUAAGAAUUGUUUUCCAUUAUUCCAAAAUCAUAAUACAGCAGUCGAGAUGGAAAUUCCUUCGGUGUCAAGCCUUCAAAAAAAUGCUGGAGUGAAGUUUGCCAUCGCAAAAGAGGGUAUUAGGGGCAUCAAAUUCUACGAGGAAACACGCACUUUGAACCUCCCUGAAAUUACUCUGAAAGAUAAUUCAGAAGUUAUAUUAAGAAACUUGGUGGCUUAUGAAGCUUUGGUCUUGCCAGCUGGGUCUAAGCGUGAGCUUGCAGAAUACAUUGAUUUGAUGUGUGGAAUUAUAGAUACAGCAGAGGACGUGAAGAUCCUCCAGGAGCAGAAAAUCAUCGUCAUCAAAGACAAUCUUUCUCAUGAUCAAAUUACAAAUAUUUUCAACGGGAUAACAAAAUUCAUUAAUAAACAAUCUGAACUUGCUGGGAAAGUUAACAAGCAUUACGAUAGUAAGCUGAUAGUGAAGGCUGGGAGAUUCGUCAAGCAAUGUUUGGAUUCGUCCUGGAAUUUUGUCAAAGGGUCAUGGAAGGUCUUGUGCUUCUUUUAUUCCCUCAUCCUAAUCUCAGUGCUGAUCUUGCAAGCCUUCUGCAACAUCUAUGGAUGCAGUUGGGGACAAAGACAAAAUUUUAUCCUGAGAAUGGCCGAAUAG